ACCCUAGAGGCAGCUACGGCUACUACAAAUGGACACAUCCAAGAGCCAACAUAUGUUGGCGAAAGGCAGGUUAUCGGUAACGUAUUUUUGACUGAUCCCUGCAGCAUACAUCACGUAUGCACUCCCGGCAAGAACACCGAAGAAAGAGGAAACCGGCAUGUAUACAAGGUGGCGCAGGACAUAAGGAAGGAUUCGCCACACCCAGGGAAGAAACCCGCACAGGUCUAUCUUGAUAUGGUAGCGGCACCCCUUGAAGCUGACAACGAAGGAGAGGAAGACUUCAUAAGGGCNCACAUCUACUUCUCAGUUGCAACCAUUAAGGUUUGAUGACUUAUUACAAGGCAUGCGAAGCAGGAUUGCACAGCGUUGUUGCAGACGGGAUGCACUCACUGCAUCCUAAGACGCUCGGAUAUCAGGCGCAGCUCUACUGCGUGGACUGCGUCUGCUCUCAGGAAGUGGAGGUACCACUGCUUUAUUGCAUCACUGCGAAGAAAACCGUCGUACCUACGUGAAGAUGUUGAAAUGUUUUGGAAUGUUGAAAGAAUGUUGAAAGAAAAAAUCACUGGAGAUGCACCUGAGCGAGUGAUGCUAGACUUUGAAAAAGCAGCUAUAACAGCUGCUCGCAAGUCUGUGGAAGGCUGUGCAUUUCAUCUUGCACAGGCUUCAAAAAGAGAUUCUUUGGGGCUGAGACGAUACAUCCAAGGACUGGAAAGGGAGGAGCCACUCACAGAGUGAAAAUGCGAAGAUUUCCUGCGCUACUUCCAAGAGACAUGGUUGCGAGGUUUCUUCAAAGAUAUGUGGUGCAAAUGGGGGCUUGUGGAAAUGCGGACCACAAAUUUAGCAGAAACAUUCCACAGACGGCUCACAGUCCUCAUAGACGUGGGCCAUCCGCCCUUGAGCGUGCUCAUUGAAGCUCUCCGGAAGCUCAACUACGAGGCGAGAGCAGCAUUAACACGUCUACAGGAGGUGACAUUUUUAUUGUUAUCAUGUUUAUGUUCAUGCUGA